UCACUGUCACUACUCACUAGCCAAAUAAAAAUAAAAUUGAAAAUUAUCUUCUCAUUCUCAAUCCUAUCAUUUUCCUUAUCUCUAAAAGUAUUAUUUUUCUUACAUUCAUAGAUUGUAUUUUGAUUUCAAAAUAAAGUGCUUCGUGUGUCAACCAUAUCACGUUUAAAAAUAUCUCGCCAAGAAGACAUUUAUAAUGGAAUUUCCGAUUCGGUCUUUGCGCAUAAUAAACCGGCUUUUACGAAAACCUUUUGGAUUUUCAGCAUAUAGAUGCGUUUCUAAUACAGCUGUUAAAGAAGAGGCUACUUCAGAGCUCUUAACUUCAUUUAAUCAAGACAUAAAAUCUGGUGGUGCAGUGCCAGUAUUCCGAAGAGCAUUGUUGUUUCCUUCAAGAGUAGCCCUGCAAGAUGACUUUGGUACAUACACUUACGCUGCCCUGUAUGAAGCAGCUACUGCACUCAGUAAAGACAUUGCAGCUCAACUUUCUGGUGAAACUGAAUACACUAUUUCUUAUAUGUGUAGCAAUGACGCAUCACACAUUGUUGUGCAGUGGGCUAUAUGGAUGACAGGAAAUAUAGCGGUGCCGUUAACACCCCUCCACCCAGCUGAGAUGUUAAAGUACUACAUUACAGACAGUGGUAGCAAACUGAUUAUUUGCUUACAAGACUAUGAGAAAAUACUCCGACCUGUGUCCGAAGAACUAGCCAAACCAUUACUAGUUGUAUACAGGCCUAAAGAUGGGACAGAUGAUCAGGGCAAAGGUGGCCAGGGAAUAGAUGGCCAGGGGAUAGAUAGCCAGAGCAAUGAUGACGAAUUAAAAGAGAUACUGCGUAGAAUGAAACUUGGGAAAGAUGAUCAAAUGAAGGAUUUUUCAAUAAGUGAUGUUGGUCCAUCCAAUAUAUGGUAUGGCGGUACAGAGGCUAUGCUGAUUUAUACUAGUGGUACAACAAGCAAACCCAAGGGCGUAGUGUGGACCCACAGGAUGCUCUCCACGCAGAUAUCUUCCCUGCACGCCGCGUGGCAGUACUGCGCGCAGGAUGUUGUGCUCCACACCCUGCCUCUGCACCACAUACACGGCCAGCUGAACUCUCUCAAUGCCUCUCUAGCUGCUGGAGCUAGGAUACGCAUGCUGCCGUCAUUCGUGUCGCAUAGCGUGUGGGCGCGCCUGCUCGGCACGGGCGAGCGCGAGGACGCGCGCGUGUCGGUGUGGCACGGCGUGCCCGCCAUGUACGCGCGUCUGGCCGCCGACUACGACAAGAUGUUCGCGGACAAGAAGACGCGCGACUACGUGCGCGCGACGCUCUCCGCCAGGAUGCGCCUCAUGUGCGCCGGCUCCGCUGCCUUGCCGGAGUCGCUGUUCAAGAAGUGGGAGGAGAUCUCAGGUAUGAGGCUGUUGGAACGUUACGGCAUGUCGGAAUGCGGCAUGGCGCUCAGCAACCCUUACCGCCCCGUGGAAGGACGAACCCUGGGCUGUGUGGGGUUGCCUCUGCCAGGGGUUUCGGCCAGGCUCGCGGCUGCUACUGACAAUGGCUUAGAUCCCUUAGUCACGGUUGAAUCUCCCGAUCCUGACACUCAGAUAUCCGUAGACAGACUCGGUUUAACUUCAAACAAGGAAUCCUAUGAGGGUACUUGGAAGACAUCUGUAGCAGAACACAAGUUGAGCAAAGAUGGCGUCUUCGAAGGAGAGUUGUUACUCAAAGGUCCGGCAGUCUUCUCUAGAUACUGGAACAGAGCCCCACAAUUAGAGUCCCCAGAUUUCACUGACGACGAAUGGUUCCGCACAGGCGACACCGCAUCGUUCUCCGAUAACAAAUUCAAAAUCCUCGGUAGAACUUCCAUAGAUAUCAUCAAAACUGGCGGCUACAAAGUCAGCGCUUUACAAGUCGAGUCCGCGAUAUUGGAACACCCCAGCGUUGCUGACGCAGCGGUUUUAGGCAUAGAUGACGAUAAUUACGGUGAAAUCAUAGCAACUGUUGUGGUUCUCAAAGAGAAAGCUAGUUUGACCUUGAAGGAACUGAAAGACGAUGCGGGGAAAAGGUUAGCGCCUUACCAGUUGCCGAAAACCAUGCUAAUAGUUGACCAAAUGCCCAGAAAUGCGAUGGGCAAGUUGGAUAAAAAGGUGAUCAAACAACAGUUUGGCGACAAACUAGUUAUGAAGAAAAAGUAAAUGAUUGAAAUGAAGGUUAGUGACUGAAAAUGCGUUUAAACUAUUUUUCUGACAUGUUUCAAUUAUAAUUUAAAACUUAUUUUUAAGUAGAAAGUUAUUGUAUUUAUAGCAUCCUAUAAUACUAUAUUGGCGAGAUGUUUUGUCUGAGUGAUUAUAAGCGGACUACAUAAAUAAGUCCUCUAGAGUCUGGCAAGUUCGUUGAACACUCCCAUGAUAUGCGGGCGACAGGGGGAAACACUGUGCGGAUGUGAAAUCGUGCGUGCGGGUAAGUGACGUGUAUCAGUCGUGGAUUUUCUAUUCAUCGCUACACUCCUCCCGGCCGCGCGCAUCAUCGGGAGCGUUACGAACGAAGUUGCCAAGCUAUAGCGCGUGACGCAGCGUAGUACCGGAACAUUACCGUAACAUUACCGGAGCACGCGGCAUUAGAGUCCGCUCUAAGAUUGCAUUUCUGACAGGUCCUGAUCGAAUGGGACAAACAUAUUCAAUUACAAUUGCCUCGUUAUUUUGUCUCAUCACUACUAAGACAUACAGUUGGCAUAACCUUUGAAACAGCGCAGUUCGAUAACCUUGUACGCCAGUUUGAAGUUGCAUCGUCCAUUCGAUCAUGACCCGUCAGAAACGCAGUCUCCGAGCGACCGUACUUUAGUCAUUAAUUCAUAAACAGAUUCCCGCACCGCUUUGUCAUCCUCACCCCUAUACCGCGCCAGUGAGGAUUCAUUUAUGCGUUUUGGCUGCAUACACAUGUUACAUGUACCUACUUAAAGAAAUUUAAAAGAAUGUAAUUGUGUUUCAACCAGUUGCGUAGCAUGCCUUGGAGGGGCCAUGUAUCAAAAUUAGUUGGGGGGCCCAAAUGAAGGGCAAAAUUUACACAAAAGAAGCAAAAAUGCUCGCUUAAAAUAAUAUGACUGUGACUUAACCUAUGUAGGAUGUUUCCAACUUAUGUGCGCACCAGGGAAAAAAAAAGAGAUUGUAGAUUACCUACCUACAUUUUACUAAUUUUUGCUUUCACACGUAAGGGCCCCCUGUAGCCGUAGCUACGCCCCUGGUUUCAACACAUGGCUUAAUCCAAUAAAAAAGCUUCGAGAUUUCGUCACGCAAAUAUUCAAAAGUUGUUUUUUUGGUUGGCGGUAUUUUAAUUUAAUCGUCUUCCAAGACAAUUCAAACUAUAAAAAUUAAAAGUAUGAAAUAAUAUUGAUUCUAGGUUAUAUUCUUAAAUGCGCAUUUAUUUCCGAGUAAGGUAAAGAGAAUGAAGAUUGAUUUAUCUAUAACGUGAUAUAAGGACUGACUUUGUUAUUAUCCGACCGCGUCAGGGGAAGGGUUUCUUUUACAUGUUUCGUUAUUUCUGUUGAAAUGCUCCGUUUAUCAUGAAACUUUUAUUAAUUUAAUAAAGUUUUAUUAAUUUUAUUUAAAUUAUUUCCAUUUUUUUGUGUUUUAUAAUAAUUGUGUAUUUUUGUUCCUAUAGUUUUGUAGAUAUUAAAGGAAAACUUUGUUAUAUUAAACUUUUGCUUUGUUAUACAAUACAAAAAUUGUUAUAAAUAAUAAUUAUUAUGAAUGUACCGAAUGGACUGACUUAAUUAUAAAGUGUUAGAUGUUUGUUGAUUUGUUAAAUAAAAAUGUAUAUUUUAUAAUUUGAAA